CUUCAUUCCCUUCCUUCUCUUUUGACGCCUUCUUCCAUCAUUCCGGGCUCCCAUCCCGGUCACGCCAUCUCCGUCCCUCCACCCUUCAAUGGGUGUGCUCUUAGUCCGUGGUGCCAUGCGGUCCGUCUGCUGAGAUACUGUGACUUUCCUGCUGCACCAUGAAACUCUUCAAUCCCCUCCGCCGCUGUGGCCCUGCCCUACAGCGUCUGCGUACAUCUCCUGGCGAGUUCUUCGACUACACAUGGGAGUUCACACGCCGAUAUUUCUUCACUGUCUCCUUCAUCGCACUUUUUGGCGCCAAAUUGUUGCAUCUUUACGCUCACAUCCAUUCUCUCCCUCCUCCUAAAUUCUUCCUCUGGGGCUCGACCUUUUUCUUCCAGGAUGUAAUUCUCACCCUCCUCAUCCGCUUUUUCACUCAGAAAUUUCACUGGCGCACUGUUGCACUUUUAUCAGCUUUGGUGAUUGUACCAUUUAGUUUAAUCAUGUCCGGAAUGACCGCCGCAAAUACCUCCUUUUACAUCGUCACCGGUGCCGAAAUUCACUGGCGACAAGCCAAAACCUUCCACCGCGAUGCCGCUGCCAUGCGCACAUUGUUGCAGGGACUGACAGGAUUCCUGAUCGUGGAAGGCAUUCUGCUCACUGUAGCAUGGUUUCUGUCUGCACCACUGCAUCGCGUUGUUGGUGGCAUCCUCACAAUCCUCGGACAACCAUUCAAAUGUUUGUUCCGUUGUAUGAGCCGGGUUCGUGCGUUCCGCCCGAGAUCUGGAUUGCCGGAACCCGAGAUCUACGAGCAGAUCGGCGUGGAUGACUAUCUCGACGAUAAGAGUGACGAUGGCUCUUCGAUCCACCUUCUCGAGCCAUAUGGUGAAGUUGCACCUGCCACGAGACGGGGACACUCGAUUCUGAUCAAGCUGGCCGUCUGGGUGCCAUUCCUCAGCUUGGUCUUGCUGCGCGUGGUUCGACCCUGGGAUCCCGCCUACAUGUUCCUGUCAGAAGCCUUGCCAGUGGCACCCUUCAUCGGUGGCCACCGACACUCUCCUGUCCGCGCUGGGGGGCUGCCCGGCGACUAUGAGUGGUUGGAGGGUCGCACACCGUUAGACAAGGUACCCAAUUGGGACUGGCUGCCCAAGGGAGGAUUGCCUGGCUUCGAAGACUGGACCAGGACGGAUGUGCCUCGGUUGCACUAUAACCCCGAAAGUGAUCCGCUGCAUGUGCCUAACCUGCAGAACCCGGUGUUGGACUCCUUGCAGGAGGUCCUGUCCAGCGGCAACGUCAACAUUAAACAUGUUAUUCUUAUCAAGUUGGAGAGUACCCGGAGCGACGUCUUUCCCCUGCGCAAGGACGCUUUCAUGUGGAACCGCAUCGCCAAAACUUAUUCAGAUAAGAAAAUCCCCGACGACGUUCAAAAGCUCGUCGCAAAUCUUACCCGCACUUCCGAGUUCCUAACCGGCUUUGACGCGGGAUUCGGUCACGACAACGAGCAUGAUUACGGCCGACGGUCAUAUGGCGGCAUCAGUGCCCGCAACGCUUUUACCACGGGCACCUACACCCUGAAGAGUCUUGUCGGGACGGUAUGCGGAGUGACGCCACUAGUCGCCGACUUUAACCGCGAAUACAACCAUCACAUCUAUCAGCCGUGCAUGCCGCAUAUCCUGGAUGCAUUAAACCACCAGGAUGAUGUGGAUACUAACCCCACCACUGAUCAAUCCGACUACCGCACCUGGCCAUGGCAUUCGGCAUGGAUGCAGUCCGUCACCGAGGGCUAUGAUAAUCAGGACAAGCUCACACCGAAAUUAGGAUUCCAUGACGUGGUGACCAAAGAGUCUUUGGAACAGGCGAAUGCAACGCAUUCCGCCUCCUCGUCGAAGGAGGUCAACUAUUAUGGAUACCCUGAUAUGGUACUGGGCGACUACGUGCGCGAUGCGCUCGACGAUGCCGAACACAACCACCGCCGGCUGUUCCUGACGCAUCUGACUGGCACAACGCACCACCCGUGGGGAAUGCCCGACAACGCAUAUGAGGAGAUGGUGUCGUCGAAGAACACCAACUCCAACGAGGAUAUCAACAAAUACCUGAACACGAUUGGAUAUAUCGACGACUGGCUGCAGGAGAUUAUCGACAUCCUGACCGAGAAGGGCGUUAUCAACGAGACAUUGCUCGUGAUGGCUGGUGAUCAUGGUCUCUCCCUUCCGAAUGAUGGAGGUGUCACCCCAUACGAUAACCCCCACAUCGGCAGCUUCCACAUUCCAAUGGUGUUUGCUCAUCCUCAUCUUCCAUCCAUUGAAGUCAACACCCCAGUCAUCACUCAACAAGUGGUCCCUACCAUUCUGGACCUGCUGAUCCAGUCGUCCUCGCUGGGGCCCAACAGCACCCACACUGCGCAGGAUCUGCUUUCCAUUUACGAAGGCCAGUCGAUGAUCCGCGAGCUCGUCCCGGAAAUGGACGGCCGCCAGAACUGGCAAUUCACCGUCAUGAACACUGGUGGUUCAUGGCUGGCAGUGCGGUCCGCUGCCCAUCCCGAAUACCGACUGGUGAUUCCCCUGGUCGACGACGUCGAGUGGCGGUUCACAAACGUUGGGCAGGAUCCGGAGGAGCAGCACCCGGUGACGGAGUUCAACCUGGUCGAUCUUGCCAAGAGGCUGGAGAAGGAACACGGCAGUGAUGCGGUGGAUUGGGUGCGUGAUGCCGCCCAUGUGGCAGAGUGGUGGGUGAUGGAGAACUGGCAUUUGUACCAAUAUCAUCCCAAACAUUAGGAUGUUACGACCUACGCGAGGAUCAGUUGAAGUGAAACAUUUGUACAUAGUCUUGGAUGAUAUCAUGAUAUCAGACAUUUGCAGCAUUUGGCGUUUAUGCUGUAUUUCACUGGCGCGCUGCUUUACCCAUACAAUCUUUCUCGAGAUUAACUUGACCCUUUGUUAUGCACCUUGCAGUCUCCUAUUGACAGCGAUUACCUAGAAUGUCGUUACUAAGAUCAAUCUAAAGCCUAGUUCCUCGGCGCCC